CAAAAAUUGAAAAAAAAGGGUGAUAUGAAACACACAAGAGUGCUUAUAUAUACUUGUCCAACCCCAAGAAGCACAAAGAAUAAUUUCUGUAAGAAGCAAACAAUCAGUGCUAAAAAGUAUUAAAUUAUAGAGAGAAAAAUGCAAAGUCUUAAAGCUUUUUACGACUGUCUUAAAAAAUCUCGAUUUAUCUCCUACGCUAGAGUCCUCUCCACCAUCAACAAUUUUACUGCUCUCUGUGAUAACCUUCACAUUAAUGCGAUACUCGUUGAGGAGGAUGGCAUUUCACGUAUAGUAAUUCUCAAUAGACCUCGCGUCUUGAAUGCUCUUAAUAACAGUAUGAUAGUUUGCCUUAAGGAAUUGUAUCAGUCUUGGGAAACCCAUCCUGACGUUAGUUUUGUUGUGUUGAAGGGCAAUGGAAGGGCAUUUUGUGCAGGUGGAGAUGUUGUUAGUGUAUACCGAUUAAUUAGUCAAGGGAAGGAGGAAGAAUGUAAAGAAUAUUUUAGGACAUUAUAUAGUUUCAUGUACGUCCUAGGCACAUAUUCGAAGCCGCAUGUGGCAAUCUUGGAUGGCAUUACAAUGGGUGGAGGUGCAGGGAUUUCUAUCCAUGGAGCUUAUCGAAUUGCAACUAAUAAGACUAUUUUUGCUAUGCCCGAAGUUCAUAUCGGCUUCCAUCCUGAUGUUGGGUCUUCUUAUUUUCUUUCACGUCUGCCUGGUCACUUGGGGGAAUAUUUGGCAUUAACAGGAGAUACUCUGAGCGGAGAAGAAAUGCUUGCUUGUGGACUUGCAACUCACUAUUUAACCACUGCAAGGCUUUCUUCGAUGGAAGAGCAACUUGGCAUGUUAAUUGCGGAUGAUUUUUCGGAUAUUGAAACUUUUCUAGCAAAAUACGCAGACUCUGCAAUUCCAAGUGAAAAAAGUGUUCUUCAUAGGCUUGAGUUGGUGAAUAAAUGUUUUGGCCAUGGCACAGUUGAGGAAAUUGUGAAUGCUUUGGAAAAUGAAACCGCCAAAUCAAAUGAUGAGUGGUGCAUAUCAACACUCAAAAAACUAAGAGAGGUUUCACCGCUGAGCUUGAAGAUCUCCUUAAAAUCUAUACAAGAAGGAAGAUACCAAACACUUUCACAAUGCCUUGCUCGCGAGUACCGGAUGACAGUCAAAGCAAUUUCCAGGCAGAUCUCCAAUGACUUUUGCGAGGGAAUUCGAAGCCGAUUGGUGGACAAAUGUUUUACACCAAAGUGGGAUCCGCCAUGCUUAGAACAAGUGUCCCAAGACAUGGUGAAUGCAUACUUUGCACCUCUUCCUAUAAAUGAGCCUGACCUCGAGUUACCUUGCUGCUAGAGAAGCCUUUGCUUGGAUCAUAAUGCAGGUGUAUAUACAUAAAUAUAAACGCUUUCAUAUUACUCGUGUUGAGUCGACAUGUUCUUGGCCAAGGUCAAGAUUACUGUUAUAUGAUGCCCAAAUCAUUCUCCAUGGAAAAGAAAAGAAUUUCAAGAAAUUAUUAAGAGCACAAACUACUAACGUCUUCUCUAGGAUUGAUUUCACUUGAAAUCUUGAUUAUAAUAUGUGGGAGUUUUGUCUCUAUAUAUAAACUAAAUUUUGCUGCUAAGACUAGGAGAAUUGAUAGAAUGUUGUGA